UAUUCGCGAAUAUUCUAUUGGACGUACCGAGGGCAUUUGUUGUUGUCGUUUAGUUUAUUGUGGCUAGAGUCGGUGUGAAAAUGCGUUGACGAGUUUAUGCGAGAGACUGGGUGAUGGCGAGGACCUCGGAACACGGCGUUUUUGCCAAUUCCAAGUUUCUUAUUCUCCUGAUCAUACUGAUUUAUGUCAUCAAUUAUGUGCAGAGUUUGGAGUUCCACGAGCUCCUGCCGGAGGAUCCGAAGCUCUACGACAAGAUGAGACCGCCGAAGAAGGACGGCCAGGCCACUGUCGUGUACUUCCACGUCACCGUUAUGGGGCUCGACUCCAUCGACGAAACCUCAAUGACCUACGCCGCGGAUAUCUUCUUCGCUCAAACGUGGAAGGACAAUAGACUCAGACUUCCAGAGAAUAUGACUUCUGAAUAUAGAUUAUUAGAAGUCGAUUGGUUAAAGCAGAUGUGGAGGCCGGAUUCCUUCUUCAAAAAUGCCAAAUCCGUGACAUUUCAGACAAUGACGAUACCAAAUCACUAUCUCUGGCUGUACAAAGACAAAACGAUCCUGUACAUGGUCAAACUCACAUUGAGAUUGUCCUGCGCCAUGAACUUCCUGAUAUACCCCCACGAUACUCAGGAAUGUAAAUUACAAAUGGAGAGUCUGUCGCACACGACGGACGAAAUGAUCUUCCAGUGGGAUCCCGAUGUGCCCCUUGUUGUUGAUGAAAAUAUCGAGUUACCGCAAUUGGCGCUUGUUAAAAACUACACGGCUGACUGUACUCAGGUUUACUCCACAGGCAAUUUUACAUGUCUCGAGGUGAUUUUCGUGUUAAAACGACGACUUGGAUACUAUCUUUUUCACACAUACGUGCCCACAUGUCUAAUUGUAAUAAUGUCAUGGGUAUCAUUCUGGAUAAAGCCAGAGGCAGCCCCAGCCCGAGUGACCCUCGGCGUGACGUCCCUCCUCACCCUCUCGACCCAACACGCGAAGAGCCAGGCCUCGCUGCCCCCGGUCUCCUACCUGAAAGCUGUGGACGCAUUCAUGUCAGUCUGCACGAUCUUCGUGUUCAUGGCACUGAUGGAGUACUGUCUAGUGAACAUUGUCCUGGGGGACUCAGAUGCUCCAGCGGCCUUCAAAAAACCAUCGAAACAGACUCCGCCCAAGGCGACAACCUCCACUGGCACUGGGGACACUAAGCUCGAUAAAAUUUUCGAUAUCGCGACUAAGGAAAAUGCAAUGCUGUUAUCCGGACGCUCCCAGAAGCCAGCGACAUUACCACCAACAGGUCCAACCCCAGCGCAGCGUGCAAGACUCCGAGCACUCAACAUCGAUCGUUUCUCCCGUGUAUUCUUCCCCUUCCUCUUUACCGCACUCAACGUCACCUACUGGAUAUGCUUCGCCGAGUACAUUUAAAGAGAUAAUUACAAAAAAAGUGCGGAGAAAUCGUACGAAUUUGGGAAACGAACGUGUCGUCGCCGUCCGAUGUCCCUUCUUCUCUAGCUUUACCUCCAAAGUCAUUCGAAUUUUACUGAUUCAUUUCUCCAUAACUAAGGAACUUCUCGAAAAUCGCUAAUCUUUGAAAUUCCUAUUUAUUCGAGGGAGUUGAUUAAAAAGUGAAGUUGUGGAUUAGGACGAGUCGAUUACACUUCAAGUCAUCUCCAUGACGAUAAGUUGGAUUGAAGAUCGUGAAAUGUUGGAGAAAUUAAUUUUCACCUGAUCAAAUUGGACAUUUUUUUCUCUUCUUAGGCAUGAAAAAAUUUGAUA